GCCGAUGGCUGCUCUUCUUCUGCCAGUAUUAUCCUUCAAUCUUACUGCUCUGCAUCGUUUGUAUAGACGUAGUUUCCACAUACGAUGACAUGGUUGGGGCCGCUUUGGAAGGGUCCAAACACUCGGACGGCUUGGGGCUAUACGUACGAGUUGACUGAUGAUCACCCUAGCAAAGAAGAGUUACAGCCCCUGAAAUUCACUUACGACCGUCUCGCUGAAGAUGCCCUCCUCAAGCUGAAUGAGAUAUGUCCCCCAAAAGGGACUUUACCACGUAACAGUGAUGUCAAAGCUACCAAGCCUGUCAAAGAUACCCUUCAGGAUGACGCUUCAACCAAGCCUCCCGACCUGAAGUCUGUAGUCCAGCGUGACCUCUAUGCGUUGUUGAAGGAGCAUGCCCAUUCGGACGAAUCUCUUUCCACGCUGUGGGCCGAAGUCACAACUGUUCCGGACUGGGUCGAUUGGGACCAGAUACAGCGUGGACAGGAUGUCUUCUACAGAUACGGCGGUCCUGCUCUUACAGGUCUCACAUACCAAUCGCUUCUCGGUGGUAUGGGUGCGGCUCGUGUCGUGGAAACCCUUGCACGUACCGGAGGAUUUGCGCCGAAGGUCGCACGACGUCGACUCCUCGAAACCACACAGCACAUCCUCCAAUGCACACAAUCCCUCGAAUCUAUCAAGCCUAAUGGCGCCGGCUUCCAAGCUUCCAUUCGUGUGCGGUUACUUCACGCUGCUGUUCGUCAACGCAUCAUGGCUAUGCGUGCUACUCGGCCAGACUACUAUGAUCUUGAGCAAUGGGGUGUGCCAAUCAAUGACCUAGACUGCAUCGGCACGAUUGCAACAUUCAGCUCUACCCUUAUCUGGAUAUCACUUCCCCGUCAAGGUAUUUUCCUUCGAAAGCAGGAAACUGAAGAUUACCUAGCCUUGUGGCGGUACGUUGCAUACCUGAUGGGCACACCACACGAGACCUUCGCAAGUCCGAGCAAGGCCAAAGCAAUCGUGGAGACUUUACUGUUACAUGAAGUACAGCCCAGUGAGACAAGCAAGAUUCUAGCCAACAACGUCAUCAUAUGCUUGCAAGGGCAGCCUCCAGCGUUCGCAAGCGCCGAGAUGUUGACUGCCAGUGCAAGAUGGCUGAAUGGGAAUGACUUGGCAGAUAAACUUGCUUUGCCACGACCCAGUCUAUAUUAUUCUGCUUUAAUGGCUGGACAGUGUUUGUUCUUUAUGUUUAUGUGCUACACGGCGCGAAGUAUCUCUUACUUGGAUCGAAGAAAGAUUGCCUGGUUGAAGAGGCUGUACUAUGAAUUGGUUGUGAAGAGUAAAGUCGGCCUGGGUGGAGUGGAAACAUUGUUCGAGUUGAAGUAUAUUCCACAGUAUGAGACUAUUACGAAUAUGGGUGAAGUCGGUCAGCCAGGGAAAUGGAGUAAGAUAGAGAGGAAGAAUUUACAGACCCUUGUUAUUGCUUUCGGUGGAUUGGCAUUGGUCUCUUGGGGUUUGCUUAAAUUAGUCUUUGCCAUUGCUGGAUUGGGGGCUCGAUAUUAAUGCAUGUGAAUUUUUAGUCUUUCAAUCCCUUGGUCGGAUCUCGUCAUUCACUCCUUUUCUUGUAGUCUUGAACCGCAAAUUAUCACUAGUCCUGACUUCACCCUCUGCAUCGC